GUGAUCUCGCGCCAGGGAAAGGACGUCGGGACGCCUGCGCAGCAUUUGUGUUGUUGUUUGUGGCGGUAAGAUGGCGGCGCUCGGAGAUGCAUCAGCUCUGGGGGUGAAUGGGUUAAUACAACAAUUCACAGCAAUAACAGGGGCCACAGAAAGCGUAGGAAAACAUAUGUUAGAAGCAUGCAACAACAACCUAGAGAUGGCAGUGACCAUGUUCCUGGAUGGAGGGGGGAUAGCAGAAGAACCCAGCACCAGCUCCAGUUCAACAGGAGCUUCAAGCAGCAGAGGUCCCCCUGCAGAUGACGUACGAGCACCUAUUCCCCAGAAGCAGGACAUAUUGGUGGAACCAGAGCCACUGUUUGGAGUGCCAAAGCGACGAAGACCCGCUCGAUCUAUAUUCGAUGGCUUCCGGGACUUCCAAACAGAAACAAUACGCCAGGAGCAGGAGCUGCGUAACGGUAGCACAGUGGAUAAGAAACUGAGCACCCUGGCUGACCUUUUCCGUCCUCCCAUUGAGCUCAUGCACAAAGGCAGCUUUGAGACGGCAAAAGACUGUGGGCAGCUGGAGAACAAGUGGCUAAUGAUCAACAUUCAAAAUGUUCAGGACUUUGCCUGCCAGUGUCUGAACAGGGAUGUGUGGAGCAAUGAUGCAGUGAGGACUAUCAUCAGAGAGCACUUCAUAUUCUGGCAGGUGUAUCAUGACAGUGAAGAGGGACAGAGAUACAUCCAGUUCUACAAGCUGAACAAGUUCCCUUACAUUUCCAUCCUCGAUCCCCGCACAGGUCAAAAAAUGGUGGAGUGGAACCAGCUGGAUGUGGCGUCUUUCUUGGAGCAGGCGACUGGCUUCCUGGCAGAGCAUGGGCAGCUAGAUGGACCAUCCUGCCAUGCACCUCCUGCCAAACGGGCUCGCUCUGAAAGUCUGAUAGAUGCCAGUGAGGACAGUCAGCUGGAGGCAGCCAUUCGAGCGUCCUUACAGGAGACACACUACGAGUCCUCCAACGUCCCAGAAGCCCCUGACUCCCCGCGAUCAGACGACGACUCCGACGCAGAACCUUUCUCCGACAGCGAGGGUCUCAUCUCUGUCGACGGCUCAGACAACGAAACGCCAGAACCUCAAGAAGAGAAAAGCUCUGUCAGCAAACACACGCCUGCUCCCGCCAGCGCUGCAGGCCCCCAGCCACUUCGUCCUGACAGCCCCGCUUCUUGCCACAGAAAGUCCCCUUCCAAAGAAAACAGCCACAGCCACAGGAAAGAGGAGAGCAAAAAGAACCACCUGGAACCCCCAGCUGCUGCAGUUCAUCACUCUCAGCCUGAGGCGGACUCUGGAGGGAACCACUGUACCACAGCAGCCCAAAGACCCGGGCCUUCCCCAACCAGCACCACCCAACCCUUAGACUGCCUCGAUGACAAUGGUCCCAAAGCCAGGUUGAUGCUUCGUUACCCAGAUGGACAGAGAGAGCAAAUUUCCUUGUCGUCCAAAGCCAAACUUAUGGCGCUGGUAAGACACGUCCAGUCCAAGGGUUACCCGAACGAACGCUUUGAGCUCGUCACCAACUUUCCUAGACGGAAGCUCGCCCACUUGGACUAUGACAUCACACUGCAGGAGGCGGGGCUUUGUCCACAGGAGACUGUAUUUGUGCAGGAGAGGAACUAGCACCGCCCCUCUUUUGCCUGCCUGUAUCUCUCUGGUAGACCUCACCCCUUCACCAGUGACCUGGGAUGAUGUUACUGGCCUUGACCCUUAACCUUCUUGUUCUCCUGGAAUUAGGCCUCCAAUUGCCAAGACAUCUGCUUGUGGGUGGAUGGCCUUUCUCGCCAUUCCACUAGUGUCAAUACCGAUGUCUCUACUGACAGCCUAAUCUCUUUGUAGUACUCAACAUUUGGCCAGUAAGGUGUUAUGGGUGCCAGCACUCGUUUUUUACUAUGUGAUAUAUUCUUUUCUGAUUUAGGCUUCAUUUUGUUCAGACAUACUGAUGCACAUCAGGUUAGAAUACAUUUGAUAUAGCUUAUAUAAAAAUGAGAAGCCCGAAAUAUUGGAUCACUGAUUGAUGAGGCACUGGGGACUUGUAAAAAGAUGUUUACCUCCCAUAAAGGAUGUCAAAUGUCAGAAUUUAUUUUCUAGCUUGUUACUUUCUGUACCUGAAGACACAUAAAGGAAAGCUCAUGCAAUUUUUUUCCAAUUACCUGAGCACCUACUUGUCCAAAAAGGUGGUAUUUCACCUGUUUAUAGUUUGAACCAUUAUUGUAACGAUUUGGGGCAGGGUAGGGGGGGUAUUAAGACAAAAGGUCUACAAUUUACAAAUCAAGAAAAUAUGUCUAAUAUCCCAGAGAAACCUGUGUAGAUCUGAGACAAAUUGGUAGAUCUGCACAUUUUACUCAAGUUCAUAUUGUUAAUUAGAUACAAGUAGAUUGGUUUUCAGAUAUGAGCAUUGACUUUUGAUAUAAAGUGAAUGAGUGUGGGACGGUUCAUCUCAUCCAUUGGACCUACACUGUACAGCGAUGGUGUAGAGAGACUGAUAUUUAGUUGUAGUAGUUAUGUUUCCUUCUUUCUUUUUUUUUUUUUU